AUGGAUGCUAUUAAUAUUGCCUUAAAGAAGGCUAUUAAUCUCAAUAUUGCUAGACCUUACGAUAAAAUGCCUUUUAUGGAGCGUGACACCAAUCAGGCAAUUACAAGGAUUAUAAGAAAUAUUGGAAAUCAUCUUAAAUGUUCUAAGGCCAAAGCAGAUUUUGACAUCCUUGUUAGUGGUGGAGCUCCUGGAAUAGGUAAAACUCGGUUUGGACAGGAACCAUCCAAACACCUGGAAAAUAGUCAGAACGAUUGGGUCUCAUCGGGCUGCGGAUUGCCUACGU